AUUUAAAUUAUCAGUGUCCAAGUGACCGCUGCUGCACUUGACUCGCGAAAUAAAACUCAAGCCUCUAAACCUCAAGUUUAAGUUCAAAAUUCAAAAUAACUGAGCGCCAUCGCUGGGCGCACAAAAAAAUUCAAAUAAAAUUCAAAAUUCUGUUACUCCCCCAACUAUUUUGUUAUUAAAAAAUUAAAAAUUACCGCGCAGUCGCAUCAAACGCUUUACUAUCUCCGGUAACAUUUUAUUGAUCGGCAAAAAUCAACAGCGCACUGAUGUAUAAAUGAACUAGGGCGUCGCAAGUGCGUUUCGCGUCUCAAAUAAAUUACACAUAUACUUCAUAUUUUAUAAAUAAAUAACCCGAGCUUUGGCAAAAGUGUUUGUGACGUAACAGUAAUUAGCAGUUAAUUAUUUAAAAAGUUUUUUUAAAAAAAAAGAGGGAGGAUCUGUUGACUUUUGACAUCCGGGGACCACCUGGCAUUUAUUUGCUCCGUUAAAUUAACGAUCGGCUUUCAUUUAAAUGAAAUAAUAUUUAAAAUAUUUGAAUAAAUGAUUUAGUAGAUUUAGAGAAGGUGGUAUUGUAUUGAGUAGUGAGUACUUAGCAAAGAGUUGUGAAGUGUAUUGAAGCUAAAGAUAAAAGUACACGAGGAUAAAUAAUGAAACGAAGUGAAAGUAGAUUUCGUGACGGAAAGCGGAGCACGUAUUGAAAUCAUCGAGACGUUAAGGAAUAAGAACAAACGGCCUUACCUCCAGCAAAUAUUUUAUCAAUAACCGAUUAUUUGAAUAGUUGUCAAUUUUUUAUUUUUAUUUUCGUUUAUUUGUACGGUUGUUAUUUUCGUACGAGAUCGGAGUAGGAAAUUUAGUCGAUGCUCCGGGACUGAGGUAAGAAGUCAGGUGGUUCACCGGGGUCACGGCUCGCGAGCAACGUCUGUAGUGCACCGGGUAUUUAUAUUAUACUUGGAUUGAGUUGCACUGAGGUUUGAGGCGGAAUUGAGGAAUGGAAGGCCUCAGAAUGAGUCUCACCGCGUCCUCAUCUGUCAAUAUUCGCAGUCUUGACGACGAGGAAGCCGAUCACAAUAUGCUCCAGGAUCUUCAACUGGCAGCAGAGCUGGGCAAAACACUUCUGGAACGCAACAAGGAACUGGAAACAAACCUGAAGGCUCAUCAGACGACGAUUGACGAGCAGGCUCAAGAAAUCGAGUAUUUAAAAAAACAAAACGCAGCAUUAAGAGAAGUAACAGACUCAAGAUUAAAAGUUUACGAACAAUUAGAAGUUAGUAUUCAAGAUUUAGAACGUGCCAAUCAUAGACUUGUGGUCGAUAAUACGGCCAAUAAAAAACUUGUCAAAAGCCAAUGUUUAACAAUCGAAAACCUCGAGGCGAAAUGCGAAGAGCUGCAAAAAACAAUCGAAGAAUUAAAAACGCAGCAUGAAAACUACGUGCGUAAACAACAGAGUAAACAAAAUGGAGUAAAGUCACCUGGAGAAACGUCCUGGACGACCAUUUCGCAUGAUGGCAGCAUACACCAGACAGCUGCAAAAAGCCCGUCCAAGAUGUCACCGGGUGAUUUAAAUGCACGAGUGAAUGGAGCGGAUGACGAUGAGGUGAAUGAGCUGCUGAGGCAACUGCAAGAGACGCGAAGCCAACGAGCCAGGGAACAGAAAAAAGUAUCUGAGCUGAGGCAACAACUCGAGGGAAUACUUAAAGAUAACCGUGCACUCGAAGAGCAGCUCAAUGAGUGGCGCACUAAAGCUCAAGAUAUGAAAAAUUUACAGGAUGAAAUUAAUACUUUGGAAGAAGUCAGACAAGGAAAAUUAUGCGGUCGCUGUUUACGUGGCUACGACGUGCGUCCUCACGACGAAUUAUCUCUGAUGUUAGACGCCGAAGAAGAUGACGACCUAAGUCUAGCAGAAUCUUAUCUCAACAGUCAGCGAGAUUCCGAGAUCUUAGUAGAGGAUAACGAACCAACAGAUAAUGAUUCGAAAGAACCACCAAAACCAGACUCGAACCCGUACCGAGUGUUAGUAGAAAAAUAUGAGGCUCUGUUAGAAGUUCAACGUCAGCCGGUAGCCCGCAAGAAGACGUCAGCAACGACGCCACCCUGCAUGUCUCUGCAAGAGGAAUUAGAAAUGUCUGGAGACUUCAAUAGCCUGCAAACGGCGCCAUCGGACACUGCGACUGAGCCCAAGACCAAUGGGUUCCGUCGUUACAACAAGAAACCAUUUUCCGGAACGCCCACAGACUUCUCCGAGGCGGAAACUUCAUCUUCUGGGUUCUCCGACGAGACCAGCAACAAAGAAACGCAAACUGACGGACGACUCGGGUCCCUGCUCUGCUCAAUAGCCGACGGCGAGGACUGCAAGUUCAGUAUCUACGACGACAACAGUCCGUUCGAGAGUAGAUUCCGUAAGACACCAGAGUAUCGUCAGCUUUUCAGCGAAAUUUUCUGCAUUCUCAAGCGCGCAGCCGAGGCCAAGGACGAGGGAGAGAAACUUCCGCUCCUAGACAACACAGUGACCGCGUCAGCCCAUCGCGAAGACCAAAAUCCAGAGCAAGAUCAGUCUCAGUCUCAGGACCAGGAUCAAGACGACACCCAGAGUGUCCUGUCCUCUGUCAUCUCCUCGGUAGUUUCCGAACCAGUCAUCCGCGUCCACGCGUCCACUCCCGAAAAGGAGAACGACAAGAACCUCGGCAGGUCUGAAACAGCCCCCAGACAUCCCCAGCGACGUCACCACCUCGACUACUUGUCAAUCCAAGUCCGCAAGAAGAACACCGCCAAGAAACAUCACCGGAAAAUUUUCAAUGAACAGUCCGAUGUUAUUUCGAACUCGAAAAUAAAUCAGUCUCAGUCUCACUCCCACUCCCAGUCUCAUACUCAGUCCCUGUCGCCCUCGCCGUCGAAACCCACCCGCAGAAUAAAGUUCCGGCCCCUCACCGCCGCAGAGCAGGACGGCACCAACUGGAACGGCAACACAAUUCACGUUUUUGCGAGCCGCAAUAAAUCCGAACGCAGUAAUAAUCGAUACUCGACGAACCAUAAUGUCAAAGAGCAUAAUGGAUCGUUCGAUUACAAAGAAUACAAACCCAGCAGCGCGUCUGAAGAAGUUGCGAGACUCAGACGUCUUGAAAUGUCUUAUGCUGAGGCACUUCGCACGCCAAACAAAUCCAAAGCAGCCAAUUGUACUCGUAGAUACUGAGCAUUCUUUGUCAAAAUUUUAUUAAUUAAUUAGACCGAGUGAUUGUUGUUUUAAUUAUUUAUAAUUUAUGAGUUUUUAAAUAUUAAUAUUUCUUAUUAUUAUUAUUUUAUUUUAUUUAAUUUAGGAAAUUUCAGUAUUUAAUUUAAUUAUUAUUGUAAAUAAUUUAUAUAAAUAUUUAAGUUGUGUGAGUGAUUUAUAAAAAAUAUUAAAUGCGUUUUAUAUUUUUAAAAUUACGAGUAAAAAAAAAUCUAAUGAAAUUGAUUAUUAAAAUUUUAUAUAAAUUUUUUUUUCACGUUUAAAAAAUGUGCCAUUAAUAUUAAAUAAAAAUAAUAAAACGUUUAUAAGUAAUGGAUUUAAAAUAAAUUUAUUUGUGGAUGAAAAACUAGAAUAGGAAAAAAAAAAUAUUUAAAAUGUGAUGUAGCUUCAGUACCAAGCCAGACUAAUUAUUAUAGCGUUAGCUUUUGUAUUUUGAUUCAAUAAAAAAAUAGUACUCAUU